CCUUUUUCUUAUCGUUUGUUUUGCUUUGGCUUAAAUGGAGCCUGGAUGAAAACGCCGGUUGCCCACGUGACCAAUUUUGCAAUAUUCUUCAACAUGGCCUCUGGUGAUUCUGAGGAAAACCCUCAAGAUGAGCAACAGAUUAUCUCGCCUGACCAGUACAUUAAACAUCCACUACAGAACAAAUGGGCGAUGUGGUUCUUCAAAAACGACAAGAAUAAGGAGUGGACUGCAAAUUUAAAACUCAUCACAGCGUUUGACACAGUUGAAGACUUUUGGGGACUUUACAACCACAUACAGAAGGCAAGCAAAUUGCCAUCAGGUUGUGACUAUUCAUUAUUUAAGGAUGGUAUCCAACCCAUGUGGGAAGAUGAACACAAUAAAAAUGGAGGCAGAUGGCUAGUUAAUCUCAACAAAAAUCAACGACAGACAGAAUUAGACAAUUUCUGGCUAGAAACAUUAUUGUGUCUGAUAGGUGAAGCAUUUGAAGAUCUUACAGACGAUAUAUGUGGCGCCACUAUCAACAUCCGAGGCAAGGGCGAUAAACUGGGUCUGUGGACUAAAGAUGCAAGAAGAGGGGAUGCUACAGUAAAAAUUGGGCAAAAAUUAAAAGAACGGCUUAAAAUACCUGUCAAAAUUGCAAUCGGAUUUCAGGCACACUCGGACACAGCAACCAAAGCAGGAUCUACAGCACGAGACCGCUACAGAGUAUGACACAACGUUAGAGAAUCAUUGGAGUGUGUCCGCCUUGGAUGAAAGUGCUGUGUGAUGAACACCUGUAUAGAAUAACCAGUGUAUACGAUCCCAUUGCAUUUUUACCUGUCAGUGAUGUCUAGUGUUGGAAAGAAACUGUGUUUGAGAUAUAAGUGUGUAUCUUUGUUAAAUAGACUUAAAGAUGAACAUUAGCUGCUUUUUGCCGGAAUAGCCCUUUUUGUCUGUUUACUGCUUGGUUUUCCAAAUAUUUGUGUAGACAUGUAAUCAAUGGAGAAAUCUGUUGCAAAUUAUUUUUCUGUUAAACAAUUAAUUUACUGUUUAGUGCUUUUGUAAAUGUUUUUUUUUCUUUGAAUGCUAUGAAUGUAACUAAUGAAAAGCUAAAAAUAGACUAAGUUUGUUAAUAAUUGUCACAAUAGAUUUGAUUGUAAAUUAUUCAUUGAUUAAUUUUCUACAUUGGAAUGAUGUCCUUACCUAAACUUGUAUAGGGAAUGCAGAAUAUGAAGAACUUAAUUCAUUGAUCAAGAUUCUCUUUUGUAAACACAUGAUCUCUUGUUGUAGUUAAUGUAGAUAUUGAUUUUCAAACAAGCUGGAUUUGUUACCUUUUAAACACAUUAAAUUUAUUUCAAAAUUCAACACAAUAAAACUUGAAUAUUACCAGUGUAUUUUUCAGUGACAUUUCAAUUUUCUUUAAAAGUAAUAGAAUUACAUUAACCAAUGUGUGCAAUUACAAUAGUUAAAAGAUUUUUUAAUAAUGAACGUUUUGAACCAUAUCUUAAAUCAGAAAAAAGAGGAAUGGUUCUGAAUGAAAACAAAUACAAUCAUACACGUUUUCAAUUUAAAUAUAUGAGAAACAGUGUAUACCAUACCCAAAACAUAAUGUGUAUAAUUGGAUAAAAUUUGUAAUUGUUCAGAUUUUUGAAUUAUCCUCAUUAUGAGCAUUUGCAUUGUUAUAUUUGUGCUCAUUUCUUUUUUGGAUAUAAUUUAUGUAUAAUUUUAGCACACUCAGUUACAUUGCUAUUAGUUAAGAAUAAAAUGCAGAUUAUUUGUUAUGCCUUUGUAUUUUUAUGCCGCCACAGAAUGUGAAGCAUUAAGUAUUGCACUUGUCCGUCCGUUCACUUCAUCUACUUUCACAAUUGUAUGAUAAUAACAUGAAGAUGAUUUUAAAGAAGAAAGAAUUUUGGUAGCGAUGAGUUUUGACAGAAUUAUGGCCUUUUGUUUUUCCAAUAUAGAUUAUUUAGUACCCCGAAGCUUGUGUUUUAAAUUCUUUUUUCUUCUUGGUUGAUCUUGCUAUAACUUACUUAGCUGAAUGACCUGAAUGUGAAGAUGAUAAUAAAUAAUGCAAUUUUGGCUGCUAAGUGUUUUGGAAGAAUAAUAGCCCAAUGUCAGUUUUUCCACUGUGUAAUAUAAGUUCCAUAAUUUUUUUAAAUCCUCUAAAACUUAUAAUGUUUAAAAUCCUCUUAAACGUUAGGGUGGAUCUUGCUCAAACUUUCACAUUUUAAUGUCCUUAAUGUGUAUGUAGAUGAUUGUUAAGGAAGGAAUAGUAGUUGUGACAAGGUUUGCCAGAAAAUUAUGGACCAUGGUCUUUUUUCAAUUAUAGAAUAUAUAGUCCCAAAAUUUUGUAUCUUUACCCUUUCCCCCUCAGAAGCAAAGUGAAAAUGGCUAUGUGCAAACAGCAUAAAACUAGAACAGCCUGCAAGUAACUCGCAGUCUGUUCAGGUUUUAUGCUGUUUGCUGCUCAUCAGAAUCUAAGGGCUGGAAAUGAAGCCUUUAAAACUUGAAUUUAGUACCAAAGAUAUUUAAUUAAAUGUAUCUUUCUAAGGGACUACAAAUGCUUGAAAAUACGUAUUUAAGUGGUAAAGGGUUUUAAAGAAUAUAUAGUCCCAAAAUUUUGAAUUUAGACUCCUGUUUAACUACAGGGUGAAUCCCUCAACCUCUGUUGGUUCAAUACUCUUAAUGUGUAUAUGAUGGUUAAGAAAGAAAUUUUAUCUGUGACCAAUUUCGACUGAAUGAUGAGCCGUUGUCUUUUUGUCCACUGUUAAAUACUUUAGUGGAUUUUUUCGUGUCCAAACAUUUGUUGUGGAGGCAUCGGUGUCUGUGACACAUUUCUGGUUAUAAACGUGAAGUUUUGCCAGUUUUCACUGGAAGAUUUGCCAAUUUUUAAGCAUGUCCAUCAUAUAAAACCAAAACUGUAAACAUGUUUUUUGUUUUUGACAACUUCCUUGUUUGUAUAAUUUAUUGUUUUGUUUCCUCUGAUCAGGUGCAUAUCUGCCGACUCUUGAUUUGCUAUUUUAUAACCUGUUGUAGGUGUUGAGUUCUGGUAUAUAUAUUUUUUGCAUCACAUACUGUAGUGGAAAAUUCACUGCACCAACAAAACACCAUUAAAUGGCUAGAAUUAGUUGUACAAAAGUUUUGCAGAUAGAUGUAUCAUAAAAUGGUGACUGCAAAAUGUAUGUGUGUAUGCCUUAUUAAAUGUUACUGUGUU